AACCAAAUCCUUCAGCAUUCUCUUGCAAACAAAAACCAACAAGAGAAACAUAACCAACUCAAAACAUGAUAACUUGUUCAGGCUCUCUUUUCAUUAUACUUUCUGUCCUUGUUUUUUCAGUUUCAUUUGGAAACUCAACUUCAAUUCAUAGUAACUUUCUUCAAUGUCUUUCACAACAAUCUCAAACUUCGAUACCCGUUUAUACACCAAACAGCGGGAACUACACAACUGUCUUAGAAUCUACUAUACAAAACUUAAGACUAUUAUCACCCACCACCCCAAAACCUUAUCUCAUAGUUACACCUUUGCUUGAAUCUCAUGUUCAAGCGACGGUGGUUUGUGCGAGAAAGAACAACAUGCAGAUCAAGAUACGUAGUGGUGGACACGAUUAUGAUGGUCUAUCUUACCUAUCCGACGUUCCGUUCGUGAUCGUUGAUUUAAACAAUCUUCGUUCAAUUACCGUCGAUGUACAAAAUGAAACUGCAUGGAUUCAGUCCGGUGCAACUAUAGGAGAAGUUUACUAUAACGUUGCAGCUAAAAGCCGAACACUUGGUUUUCCUGCAGGUGUUUGCCCGACUGUUGGUGUUGGUGGCCACUUUAGUGGAGGUGGUUAUGGUACCCUGUUAAGAUCAUAUGGCCUUGCAGCUGAUCAAGUCAUUGAUGCACGUAUAGUCAAUGUUGAUGGUAAAAUUCUCGAUAAAGAAUCUAUGGGAGAAGACUUGUUCUGGGUCAUUCGAGGAGGUGGUGGCGCAAGUUUUGGAGUCGUUCUUUCUUGGAAGGUUAAAUUGGUCCCGGUUCCACCUACUGUCACUGUUUUUACAAUCGCCAAGACCUUACAACAAGGCGUAACUGAACUUGUGCAUAAGUGGCAAGAUGUUGCGUAUAAUCUUCCUAAGGAACUCUUCAUCAGAGUCAUAUUUGACGUCAUUAAUGCUAACGAUAAUGGCGAUAAGACUGUGCAAGCUGCAUUCAACUCCAUAUAUCUUGGAAGUGUGGAAAACCUCGUAAGUCUAAUGAACACAAGAUUUCCUGAGUUGGGUUUGGAGAGUAAGGACUGUACCGAAAUGAGUUGGGUUCAAUCUACUCUAUAUUUCAACGGGUUUCCCGUUAACGGUCCUCUUGAAAUUCUACUCGACAGAACACAAGCCAAGAGAUUUUACAAAGCAAAAUCUGAUUACGUGAAAGUGCCCAUUCCAACGGUGGGUUUGGAAGGAAUAUGGAAAAGAUUAUUGGAAGAAGAUCAACCUGUUGUGAUUUUCAGUCCUUACGGUGGAAAAAUGAGCGAGAUUUCUGAGUCAGCUACUCCUUUCCCACAUAGAGAAGGAAAUCUAUACAAAAUCCAGUAUCUAGCAUAUUGGGAAGGUUUAGAAGAAACUGCAAAACAACUAAGCUGGAUCAGAAAACUAUAUAGAUAUAUGGCACCUUUUGUAUCUAAAAACCCAAGACAAGCUUAUUUGAACUAUAGAGAUGUUGAUAUAGGUCAAAGUAAAAACGGUACAGCUACUUACUUGCAAGGUAAAGUUUGGGGUGGUAAAUAUUUCAAGAAUAACUAUGACAGAUUAGUUCAUGUGAAGACUAAAGUUGAUCCUGAAAAUUUCUUCAGAAAUGAGCAAAGUAUUCCAAGUGUUGCAAAUGCUUGAAGGGAUGAUGAAGUUGGGCACUAGAUUGGCUUAAAUUGAUGAUUAAUUAUAUGUAUGUACUUGAACAAAUAAAAGAAGUCUAGCUUCCAGAUACAUGUAACAACAAUAAAAGUCUUACUAAAAUUUCUUGAAAUUCUUUAUCAUGUAAUUUUGUUUAGCGAUAGAUUGUGUUAAUAUAUGUAUUGUUUGUAAUUUGUUUGUCUUAUCUUUUUGGGAAAUAAAAAUUAUAA